CUGACGCUUCUUACGGUCAUUAACAUUACAAACUGUUUUUGCAUUUCGCUUCAGCACGUUUACGGUGACUCCUUUUCGGUGUCUGGGGUCAUUGCCAGCUUCCAGCAGACACUAUGGACGGUCAUUCCGAUCUCGAGUGGCGUUGUUCGCCAAAAGUCACUACGUAUGUUCCUCGUCUAUCUGCAUAGGCCAAUAUACAUGGCGUUUGGGGGCGAUGUCAUUCGGCUCUUUCACGGCGACGAGUGCUUGACCAUAGAGACAGCCGACUCUGUUGAAAGUGGUGCGGGUCAAACCCUCUCGUCCGGAAAUGGAGGUCCUGGGGGAAAUUCAGUGACCCAACAACUUCAGAACGACGCUACCAAGCAAUUUUUUUUCAUAUGUUCUGUCAGAUACCACCAGUCAGUUAUGUACCAACUGGGCUCCGUCAGUGGCCACGCCAGAUCGCUCUGGCAGAUUGAACAUACGAAGACCAAAUGGUGUGCAGGCUUCUUCUCCUGGGAUUGCGCGGUUCGACUGCGCCACGUAACGACGGGACGCUAUCUUGGUAUCAUUCCCCAGAGCGGCGGUGCAAGCUCUGGCCACAUUGACGUCUUCCUGUUAUCUGCCAUUGAAGCAAAUAACGACUCCUGCGUCUUCUACAUCAAACAGACUAAGGAUGACAAAAAGAAGGUGGAGGACAGAGAACAGGAAGGAAUGGGAGAUCCGGACGUCCGUCUCGGUGAGACCCUCAUCUACCUACAGCAUGCAUCCACAGGCUGGUGGCUCUCCUACGACUCUUAUGAGACCAAGAAACGCGGUGUCGGUAAAGUAGAAGAGAAGAAAGCUGUCCUCCUCGCCGAAGGUCAUAUGGACGAUGUUUUCAGUCUAGUUCGCGCACAGGAAGAAGAAUCGACAUCAGCUGCAGCUAUCCGUCGAAGCACUGCUGUCCUGACGGCCUUCAAUCGUGCCCUCGACGGGUAUGCGAACGCCUCCGCCUCAGCAAAUUCAGUACCAAACGCGACCGCUGCCAGUUAUGGGGGCUCACCACCUGCCGGUGUGAUGAACGGUGGACAAUCCCCGCCUCAACUCAACAUGGAAGAGGUCAACCAAUGCCUGGAGGAUCUCAUAGAAUUCUUCGCACAGCCAGAUUUGGCAGAGGAACAUGAAGUUCGUCAGGCCAAACUUGCCGCUUUGUCAAACCGCCAGGACCUGUUCCAGGAAGAGGGCAUGAUUGGCCUGGCACUAGAGACGAUUGACAAGUUUACGGGAACCUUCCGCACACGACGCGAGUUCGCGCAGGCCGUUGGAGAGGAGAAGGGCAGCCAAUUCGGCGAACUGGGCAAUUACCUCUAUUUGCUGCUGGCAGCGCUGAUUCGUGGAAACCACGAGAAUUGUGCCCAAUUUGCUGCUCCUGCCCGCCUCAACUGGCUCUUUAAUCGACUGGAGUUGCAGCAGAGCUUCGCGGAGGGCGUCCUCGAUGCUCUGCACUGUGUCCUGACCGACAGUGACGAAGCCCUCAACGUGAUCACUCCCCACCACAUACACACCCUCAUUGGCUUACUCGACAAACAGGGCCGCGAUCCUAGGGUUCUGGAAGUUUUGCGUUCCAUCUGUACGGGUCGACAAGGUGGCGCAGUAAGACUGAAUCAGGAUUUGAUCUACGACUGUCUCCUGCCGGAUCGCGACCUUCUGCUUCAGACCAAGUUAGUCAGUCAGUCCGGAUCAAUGCGAGCCAACCUCUUUGUUGGCACCAAAGAGGGCGGAGCAAUGUACACCAAGUGGUACUUCGAAGUUUUUGUUGACGCCCUGGAAACCGUUUCGCAUCAGCCUGCAACUAUCAGGGUCGGUUGGUGCAACACGGACGGGUACCUGCCGCAUCCCGUUGGCGGACCGGGUUGGGGCGGCAUCAGUCUCGGUGACGACUUCUACAGUUUUGGCUUCGAUGGUCGGUACUUAUGGACCGGUGGCAAACGGAAAUUGGCGGUCUAUCCCACUCCCGAGGAAGCAAAGGACCCCAAUUAUGCCAAGGCAGUUGUAGAAGGGCCCCACUUGAAACACGGUGACGUGAUUGGUUGCCUGCUCGAUCUCACCGGCCCGGUCAUUCAGUUCAAUCUCAACGGAAGCCUCGUGAAGGGCUACUUCCAGGACUUCAAUACCACUGGUCUCUUCUACCCCUGCGUCAGUAUGACGGCUCGUGCCAGUGCACGGCUUGCCCUUGGUGGUACUCAUGGUCGUCUCCGACAUGGGCCGCCUGCCGGCUACGCUCCGAUCAUCGAUGCCAUUCAACCGAAUCAACGUCUGCGUCUCGAGCCGGUCUUCUCCUUCGGCCGAUUGGACAAGGCCAUCUACGCGGGACCCUCGGCUUCGCCGAUGCCCUCGCAAGAUGUCUACGUGCCUCAGCCCAUAAACACCAGCAAUUUAUCAGUGAGUUAG